CGUUCUUAACUGACCGUUGUUGCAGCUUUUGGGGUCUUCCCAAUUAGUUUCGUCACACUUAAGACCACUUCAUUUCAAAAUCGUUUAAAUUGUGAGUCUAUUUUUAUUAUAAUUUUUUUUUUUAAUAUAAAAAAUGUCGAGCUCAACUAAACUUGCCUCCUAGCAGCCUCCUCAAUGGUUUCUCCAGGCUGAACUUUGCCCCCAAACCCGUUCCACUUUCCAGCACCAAAGCCCCUCUUCUUCAUGCCCAGUAGCACUCUGCCCGGCUGGACAACGAGCACAAGGGUCAGCAGCUUGGAGCUCAACAUCUCACCUGAGUGUGGAGAGGAGAUAUCUGCACUCCUCGUUGUGUUUGAUGAAGAAACUGAAGGGUAAGACGCCAGCGGAGCAGCGCUGGCUCCGACGGCAGCUUAAAGACCCGUAUGUCAAAGCUUCCCAGAUCCAAAACUUUCGAUGCAGGAGCGCUUUCAAGCUUCUAGAGAUAGAUGACAAGUUCAGGCUCUUACAGCCUGGAUACACUGUGGUGGACUGCGGAGCUGCUCCUGGAGCCUGGAGCCAGGUGGCAGUCCAAAGGGUCAAUUCAGCUGUGACAGAUCCAGAGUUGCCUCGUGGUAUGGUUGUUGGCAUUGAUUUGCUGAACAUACCGCCUCUGGAUGGUGCUCACUUCCUGUCCAAUUGCGAUGUCACAGACCCUGCCACACAUGCCAAGCUGUUGGAGCUUCUUCCCCACGGCAAGGCUCAUGUCAUCCUGAGCGACAUGGCACCCAAUGCCAGCGGUUUCAGAGAGAUGGACCACGAGAGACUCAUCACAAUGUGUUUGUCUUUGAUAGACUUGGCUGAGAAAAUUUUACAGCCCCAGGGUUCUCUUCUUUGUAAAUACUGGGACGGGAUCCUUGCUUAUAAACUGCAGGAAACGCUCUCAAGUGUGUUCAGUAGUGUUCGGACUUUAAAGCCAGAUUCCAGCAGAAAAGACUCAGCUGAACGAUAUUUCCUUGCUAGAAUGUACAGAAGGCCAAUAAAGUGAUGUUUAAUUA